AUGUCGUCUUGCAGUUUCGAUUGCUCAGCUCCCGCCCCCGCAUUUUCUCCAAACAGCGAUAUCACUGGGAUUGGGAUCAUUAUCAACAAUAUCGUGACUGCCGGCUUCGUUGUAGUCAUCAUUUGCCUUCACUAUAUCACCGUCCACGAUCCAACCCGCCACCCAUUUCGAAAAGAUGGCCAAACUCCACCAAUUCCGUUUCGACCUAACCCGAUAGACGAACAAACCUUAGCUAUGACGAUAAUACCAUUUCGCGAACAUAUUGUCAGUAGAGGCACCGAAAAAUUUGCAAACUUCUUACUUAAGUGUAUCCGAGCAUUCAGCGACAUGCAAAUAGUCACAGGGUUCUCUAUCCUAAUAAGCGGGUAUCUCCAGCUCAGAUGCGGCCUGUCAACCUACCAUUGGAUGGUCAUCGUCCGACUAGCCUGGAUUUCCUGUAUCACUCAGUUAUCUUGCCUAACGCUUCUGCGUGACCAUCUGCGCAUUCACCCUAUUGAGCGAGUACUUAGGCUACUAGCAGUGGGUGCAUUAGUGGCACUAUUGCUCGUGGGGAUCAGUUUCACCGGAAACUAUCACUGGGCCUUUGACGCAGACAAUACCGAUCAUCCGACUCUUAGUGACUCUGCAAUCUGUUAUAUGCGCCCUCGUCCGGGGAUAAAUGCAGCGUUUUUGUCCAUGCCUUACACGAUGAUCUUGUUAAUCUUUGGAUUUUCUUCGAGGGUGAUUAACGUCUACGAUACACUUUCAGUGGGGGUGGCUAGGCGAGCCAGAACCUUCCUUUCAAAACAUGCACGAAGGUUGUUACGCAUCGUAUAUGACUGGAGCAUUGUGUAUGGCCGGAGCAAAGUAUCUGUCUCGCCACGGAGCCUAAAGAUGACGGUUUGCUACCUUCCUCUCUUAUCUGUCUACUUCACGUGUUGGGUGCUCUUAGAUGUGUUAGAUUCUGCUAUUAAAGAGGUUAUCUGGACAAUUAUGGCCUUCACAUUUGGUAUUGUCCGAUUGAUAGCGACCAUAUAUCGACCGGAGGAGAUGGGCCUCGAGGCUCCGUUGACUGGUUUCAAUGAUUGGACGUUUGGCCAAGUUGCUUCUAUGGUGUUACUAGCCGCACCGCUAAUCACAAUUAUCGAAUUCUUCCAGGAAGAGACGACUCCUGCACAAGAGACGAUUCCUACACAAGAGACGAUUCCUACACAAGAGACGAUUCCUACACAAGAGACGAUUGCGGCACAAGAGAUGAUUCCGGCACAAAACAGCACUCCCGCACAAGAUGAGACUCCCAUAAAAGAUGAAGAACCACCUCUCUCUGGCAACCAAACUGUGCCCCCGCCUGAAGCUCCUUCUAUACAACACCCAAACACCAUGGAUCUUAACGACCCCGACAAUGAUUGGACCUCGCACCCCGCAAUAUCGAAUCAGAUCUACAUAUCUCUGGCACAGUUCGUCAUUCUAGCUAUUUUCUGGGCGGCAGAUCCCAACCCGACGAACGUGUCGUUCCUAGGGGGUACUAUCGGCUUUGAGGGUCUUUGGGUGUUCAUACUCAUUCUUUUCUCUUUGAUAUCGGAGACUUUAUUUGCGGAAAGAGACCCGGAACUUAACAAUCAUCUACAUUUUGCGGUAAAGGUAUACAGCGUUGUUUAUAGGAGUCUUUAUAUCUCCGUUUGGGCGAAGGCUGUUUAUUGUCUCAUGCCACUCCCCCUUCUCAGUGCUUUGGGGUACCUGCUUUGGGAUUGA